AUGUCUCGCCAGUCUUGCGGUCUGAACUUUGCUGGUGGUAGCAGAGGUUUCAGCUCCAGCUCCAUUUGCCUGGGGGGUGGGAACAAAGUCAGCUUCAGUGCCGCGUCCCGUGGAGGAUGUGGAGGGUCUGUCCGGAACCCCAUCGGCUUUGGCAGCAGGAGCCUCUAUAACUUGGGUGGAUGUAAAAGGAUUUCCAUUGGUGGAUUCGGUGGAAACAGUGGCGCUUGUGGAGCCUUCGGGGCUGGUGGCCGAGGAGGCGGUGGGUUCGGCUAUGGUGGGCUUGGUGGUGGCUUUGGUGGCGGGUCUGGGGGUGGUUUUGGUGGUGGCUUCAGUGAUGGGUCUGGAGGUAUGUUCAACGGCUGGGGUGGCCCCAGCUUUCCCGUUUGCCCACCUGGUGGCAUUCAAGAAGUGACCGUCAACCAGAACCUCUUGAUACCGCUCAAGCUGGAGAUUGACCCGGAGAUCCAGAAAGUGCGGUCCCAGGAGAGGGAGCAGAUGAAGACCCUCAAUGACAAAUUCGCCUCCUUCAUCGACAAGGUCCGAUUCCUAGAACAGCAGAAUAAAGUGCUGGAGACCAAGUGGAAGCUUUUGCAGGAACAGGGGCAGGGAACGGGGCCCCAUAGCAGGAGCCUUGACCAACUCUAUGAGGUUUAUAUCAAUAGCCUGAGAAAACAGCUUGAUGGUCUGACCAGUGAGAAGAGUCAACUGCAGCUAGAGUUGAAGAACUGUGAAGAUUUGGUGGAAGAUUUCAAGACCAAGUACGACGAGGAGAUUAACAAAAGAACAGCUGCAGAGAAUGACUUUGUGCUUCUGAAAAAGGAUGUGGAUGCUGCCUAUAUGAACAAGGUGGAGCUGCAGGCAAAAUUAGAUUCCCUGGCAGAUGAACUCAACUUCCUGAGAUGUGUCUAUGAUGCUGAACUCUCACAGAUGCAGCAGACGGUUUCCGACACAUCCGUGGUCCUGUCGAUGGACAACAACAGGAACCUGGACCUGGACAGCAUCAUUGCCGAGGUGAAAGCUCAGUAUGAAGAGAUCGCUCAGAAGAGCCGAGCUGAAGCAGAGGCCUGGUACCAGUGCAAGUAUCAAGAGCUGCAAGUCACAGCCGGGAAGCAUGGAGACAGCCUAAAGGACACCAAGGCUGAAAUCUCAGAGAUGAAUCGGAUGAUCCAGAGGCUACGGGCGGAAAUUGAAAAUGUGAAGAAGCAGUGUGAAAAUCUGCAGACUUCUGUCGCGGAUGCUGAGCAGCGCGGGGAGCUGGCCCUCAAGGAUGCGAGGGUAAAACUGUCCGAGCUGGAGGCCGCCCUGCAGAAGGCCAAGACUGAGCUGACCCGCCAGCUGCGGGACUACCAGGAGCUAAUGAACGUCAAGCUGGCGCUGGACAUCGAGAUCGCCACCUACCGCAAGCUGCUGGAGGGCGAGGAAUGCAGGAUGUCUGGAGACUGCCAAAGUGCUGUGAGCAUCUCCGUGAUGGGCAGCAACAGUACCUCUGGAGGCAGCGGUGGAGGAGGCUUUGGAAUGGGUUUUGGUUCUGGAAGCGGCAGAGGGAUCUGCAAUUUGGGUGGGGGUGGGGCAGCCUUUGGGGGGGGACUGUGCUCGAAACACAGCACGGAUGGUGGCAGCUUCCUCAAGACACUGUCAGAACUGACUCUUGAUUUCAAGUGCUGCUCAUCUGGACGCAGCCAGAAGGUCCUGAUUUUCAGAAGGACCAUCUGA